AUGUCGAAAAUUAACAACAGGCCAAGUUUGUGUAAAUCUGAUGCUGGCGGGACAACAAUAUCAAUAAAAUUAUUUAAUGAUGGUAUUAAUAAAAUUCAGGUUGAGGAUAAUGGUUCAGGAAUUAAAAAAGAAGAUUUUGAAAUGGUAGCUCAACUUCAUGCUACAUCUAAAAUAAAAAAUUAUGAAGAUUUUAUUUCUUUAAAAACUUAUGGAUUUCGUGGUGAGGCUUUGAAUUCUUUGUGUUGUUCAAGUAAAUUAACAAUAUUAACAAAAGUUAAAGAUAGUCGUGGGUAUCAAUUAGAAUUUGAUAAAAAUGGACAAUAUUUACCAGAGAAAACUAAAGAAGUUUCAAUGAAGGUUGGCACAACAGUUAUAGUAACAGAUUUAAUGUGUAAUUUUUCUGUUAGAAGGAAAGAAUUUAUUAAAAGAUCAGGAAAAGAAGUACAAGAAGUUGUUAAAAUACUUCAAAAUUAUGCUUUUGCUAAAAUAAAUAUAGCUUUUGAAUUAGUGAAUAUUGUAAAUGGUAAAACAAUAACAUUAAUGAGAAGUUGUGGUGGAAAUAUUAAUAUAAAAUCUGCUAUUUCAUCUAUUUUUUCUGAUAAAACAAAAUUUUUACGUAAUAUAAUAAAACUCGAAGUUGUAGAUAUUGAUGAUGAUACAUAUAAAAUAUUUAAAUUAGAUAAAACUACAUCUGAUAUUAAAAAGAUAGAUAAUGUAAAAUUUGAAGGUUACAUAAGUGGUUUAGAAAAUAUUACAAGAAAUAGUUUAGAUUACAUUUUUUUAUCUGUUAAUAAAAGACCAAUAAAUAAUACAAACAUUAAAAAUGUUAUUAAAGCUGCAUAUCAUAGAGCUAACUUAUCUUAUGGAAUUAUAUUUGUUUUACAAAUUUUUUUACCAAGUAAUUAUUUUGAUGUUAAUUGUUCCCCCUUAAAAGACACAAUGGAGUGUUCAAUAAUGGAUUUAAUAUUGGCAAAAAUUCAUAGCUGUAUAAUUGCUACCUUAGAAAAAAAUAAUCCAUCAGAUUCAUGCGAGCUAAAAAAAAGAAAAAUUGAUGAAUUUGAAAAUUCACCUAUUUCUAAGAAAAAACAUGAAAAACCUGUUAAACUUAUUAAUAAAGUUGGUAAGAAUAAUUCACAAAUUUUAAAAUCUAAAGAAAUUGAAAAUGAUUCUACCAUUUCAAAUAUGCCUGUUUCAUCAUAUGAUUCUUUUGUUGGAAAAAGAAAUACUGUUUAUAAAUUAUUUAAUUCUACAAUGUUAUCACAAGUUUCUGAUAAAACAGCAGUUUGUGAUGAUACAAAACAGCAUGAUUCUCUUCUUUAUGAAACAAAUUUCGUUGAUGAAACAAUAAUGAAUUCGACUACAGAAUCGAAAUCAAAUCUUAAGGAAUUUAAUGAAAAUAAUUUAGGGGAAUCAGAUAUAACAAAUCGUCCUCAAGUUGUUAUAAAAUUUAGUAUGAAUAAGUUAUAUGAUUCUGCAAAAGAAUUUUCAAAACAUGCUUUUUCUAAAAAAAAUGAUGAUAUUCAUUUAACAUUUGGAGUAGAAAAUGAAAAAAAAGCAGAAGAGGAGUUAAAACUUCAUCUUAAUAAAAAAGAUUUUGUUAACAUGGAGGUUAUAGGUCAAUUUAAUAAUGGCUUUAUUAUUGGUAAAUUAAAAAAUGAGAUUUUUAUAAUCGAUCAACAUGCCAGUGAUGAAAUAUAUAACUUUGAAAAACUACAAAAAAAUAGAGUUAUAUCACCUCAACCUUUAUUACAAUCUAUAAAAGUUAAACUUGGUGCUGUAUAUGAAUCAGCAAUUCGUGAAAAUAUAAAUGUUUUUGAAAAAAAUGGUUUUAGAUUUAAGUUUUCCAAGGAAAACAAUAGUGAUGAAUUAAUUGAACUUAUUUAUGUACCACAUUUAGAAGGUUAUACAUUUGAUAUUUCUGAUAUCGAAGAGAUGGCUGUUCAUUUGGCUGAGUAUCCUGAUACAAAUUAUAGACCAACUAAGAUAAGAAAAAUUUUUGCAUCGAAAGCAUGUAGGAGGAGCGUUAUGGCGGGAGAUCCUUUAUCAGUGCACAAAAUGAAAAGUAUAUUAGAAAAUUUGUCUAAAAUAGAUUCUCCAUGGAAUUGUCCUCAUGGAAGACCAACAAUCCGUCAAUUGUACUAUCAAAAUGAUACAUAA